AUGGCAUCAAGAGAUUUGCCACAGUAUGGGCAAAAGCAGUGGCAGUCCUAUUUUGGGCGAACUUUUGAUGUCUACACCAAACUCUGGAAGUUCCAACAACAACAUCGUCAAGUCUUGGAUAAUCGGUAUGGCUUGAAGCGGUGGCAGAUAGGGGAAAUUGCUUCCAAGAUUGGACAGCUUUACUAUCAUUAUUACCUGCGUACAUCUGAGACCAGCUAUCUGAAUGAGGCCUUUUCCUUCUACUCUGCAAUCAGACAGAGAUCUUAUUACUCUCAAGUCAGUAAAGAGGACAGACCCGAGUUGGUGGUUAAGAAGCUACGGUACUAUGCAAGAUUUAUAGUGGUUUGCCUUCUGCUCAAUAAAAUGGAUGUUGUGAAGGAUCUGGUCAAGGAACUAUCUGAUGAAAUUGAAGAUUACACUCAUCGCUUUAAUACUGAAGAUCAGGUGGAGUGGAACCUGGUACUUCAGGAGGUUGCAGCCUUUAUUGAGGCAGAUCCAGUCAUGGUUUUAAAUGAUGACAAUACCAUUGUUAUCACAUCUAACCGGUUGGCUGAAGCAGGGGCCCCCUUGUUGGAGCAAGGGAUGAUUGUAGGACAAUUGACUCUGGCUGAUGCACUCAUUAUUGGCAACUGUAAUAAUCAGGUGAAGUUCAGUGAACUAACUGUUGACAUGUUCCGGAUGUUGCAGGCCUUAGAACGAGAGCCAAUGAAUUUAGCUUCACAGAUGAACAAACCUGGAAUGCAGGAAUCUGCUGACAAGCCUGCUCGGCGAGAAAACCCUCAUAAAUAUCUGCUGUACAAACCAACCUUCAGCCAGCUAUAUACAUUUUUAGCAGCUUCUUUUAAGGAGCUGCCAGCCAACAGUGUGCUCCUGAUUUACCUGUCAGCCACUGGAGUUUUUCCCACAGGUCGUUCUGAUAGUGAAGGUCCAUAUGAUUUUGGAGGAGUCCUCACUAACAGUAAUCGGGAUAUUAUAAAUGGAGAUGCCAUCCACAAACGAAAUCAGACCCAUAAAGAAAUGCACUGCCUUCAUCCUGGAGAUCUCUAUCCUUUCACCAGAAAACCUCUGUUUAUCAUUGUGGACUCGUCGAAUAGUGUUGCGUAUAAGAAUUUCACAAAUUUAUUCGGACAACCUCUCGUCUGCUUGCUUUCUCCAACAACAUAUCCAAAAGCAUUACAAGAUCAGUCUCAACGUGGUAGCCUCUUCACUCUCUUUCUGAACAAUCCUCUAAUGGCCUUCCUGUUUGUCUCUGGAUUGUCAAGUAUGCGUAGAGGUCUGUGGGAAAAAUGUCAAGAGUACCUUCGAAAAAUCAACCGGGAUAUCGCCCAACUGCUGACCCACUCACGUUCCAUAGAUCAGGCUUUUCUCCAGUUUUUCGGGGAUGAAUUUCUUCGCUUGCUUCUCACCAGAUUUGUCUUCUGUUCAGCUACCAUGAGGAUGCACAAGAUUUUUCGGCAGGAAACCCGAAAUUAUCCAGAAACAUAUCCUCAGCUGCCAAGGGAUGAAACGGUUGAAAACCCUCAUCUUCAGAAGCACAUUUUGGAGCUGGCGUCCAUCCUGGAUGUGCGAAAUGUGUUCUUUGAGAAUACUAUAGAUGAUUAUUAAUUGAACUCUUGUUGAAACUGUGUUUCAUUAGCCACAGAUUUUAAAUGGUGCAGUUUUUUAAUGUGAUGAUACAUAGUGGCAUUAAAUUUUUAUUUUUAAAUUUAGGACCACCAUUUUACAGACAACUCAAAAUACUAUUCUUCUGACAGAUAGGGUAACUUUUGUAAUCCAAUAUUUGCGAUCUUUUAAAAGCUAGAAUAACCCUGAAAGUUUUUGUCGUUGUUGUUGUUGUUAUUUAGGGGUCGAAGAGUCCCAGCUCCAACAACUGGUCCUAAAUUCAAACACAUACUCAGUGACCACUCUCACCCAGAGAAGAAUAAAUCAUUUAUUUUUGUAUGAUGAGAAAAAUCCAACAGUGAUAUUUUAUCCUGAAAAGUCUGGAUAUGGAAAAAUAUAGAAUUGUUCACAAAGAUGAACCCAAUCAACUUAGACCAAUACUAGGAAAAACAAAAGCAUAGCCCUUCCAUAACACUUGUUUUCACUCAAUAUCAUUAUUU